UCAUCAGUAGCUAUGGCUACUCCUAAUCUAGAGCCAGUGUUUGUCAAAGAGCUAGCUGAUAAGUACAAGUGUAGUAUUUGUACUAACCUUCUAGACACACCAGUUCUAACUGAAUGCUGUGGACAGCACUUUUGCAAAGUUUGUAUAGAAAAGUGGAUCAUACGAAAAAAGGAAUCGAUUUGCCCUCACUGUCGAGCAGAAAACUUCAAUAAGAUUGUUUCCCAGCCGAUAAUCAGAGAGAUCAAAGAGCUUGGGGUGUAUUGUACGAAUCAUAAAAACGGGUGCAAAGUGGUUAUCAAUUAUGGAGAUUUUCAAAAGCACGUGGACGAGUGCCCGUUUGGAGGUGUCGAAUGCACCAACGAUUGUGGUACGAGCGGAUUACUAAGAAAAGACCUCGAACACCAUCGCAAACAAGUGUGUCCUAAUCGAAUAGUGCACUGUGAGCUUUGUAACAAAGAGGGUAAGAUUUUGAUAAUAGUUGGAAGGCACAAACGAUUUUGCCCUAACGUCGUCUCAGCAUGCCCUAACAAAUGCAACGAGAAAUUAAAGAGAAAAGAUAUCAAAAAACACAGAAACGAGUGUACACUUGAGAAAGUGGAUUGUCCUUUCAGGGAGGCUGGUUGUGAAGUGAGGCUGCUUCGUAAAGAUAUCUCAGAGCAUGAAACGACUAGCAUUCAAAGCCAUCUCCGACUCACCAUGAAAACUAUGACUACUGUUAAAAGAGAAAAUAACAAACUAAAAGGAGACGUUAAUACAAUAUUAUCAGUUGUAUCAACAGAGCUUAGUUCAAUGGACAUUCCCCCAACCCAUACGAAACCAAUGAAUGGUAUUAGAACAAUAUUAACUUCCCUAACUACAAUGAUACAACCUGAUGGCAAGACUCACUGUGCACACAUAAGCAACAAACUGGGACUAUUCAGAGAUCCAGAAUUAAAAGUUUUUUCUAGCUUUACUCAAGCCAGUUCACCAGCACUAUACAUACACCCGGGAUUCAACAUCUACUUUGCAUUUAGUAAUGAUAGUUAUAGAAAACUAUUUUUGCUUUUGUUGGAGAAAAGUGCUAUCCAUGGUUAUCCCAAGACUCUGUCUAUCGAAGUGCAGUCUACAACAGGACAAUUCUCAUGUUCUCUAAGUGACUUCAUAUGUGCAUCAACCCAGCAAUUAUACUCAGGAAGAGAAUUUAGGUUCAUGACGGGUAAUACGUUACCUAUUCUAGUUACAAACGAUUUCUAUAUGAACAUUAGGAUCACUGACAUUUCUUAGAGCAGAGACAACCUAGCAACUGUAGAUGUAGAGGAGAGCCUUCUAUAAUAUGUGUAUAUACCACACACAAAGUGUUUUAAUGU